CCUGAAAAAUCUCUCCUUUCUUCUUUCUUCUUUCUUCUUUCUGCUUUCUUCUCUCACUCACGCGUACAUAGGACUCUGAAAGACGAGAGAGGGAGAGAGCGCUCUUUCUCUUUUUCUUUUUCCUCCACCGUUUUCUUUUUUCCUGUUCUCUUUGUUGCCGCGUCGCGUGGGCAUGGGGAGUCGCAAUCCGCCCAGCCUUUGUUUGGCGAGACGAGAGAGAUAAAGAGGAAGGAGCUAUGCAGAGAAGCGCCGAUUGACGUUUCAGGGGCGAGCAGGCGGAGGAUGAGAAAGAGAGAGCGCUGCGCGGAGAAGGAUGGGCAAUUGCGGAACCAGAGAGGAAUCAGCUGUCGCUGCUGCUCACGUUCGCCAGAUAAAUGUGUUAUCACAGCAUGUGAAGACCGUCCCCUCUCAGAAAAAACAAAAUCGGAACUUGUUGGAGUUGAGUGAUCCUUCAGUACCUGGCAACAUAGAAGAUUCAACUGAUAUAUCAAUAUAUACUAAUGUGAUUGCCUUUUCAUUGUUUGAGCUUGAGACGAUAACAAAGAGCUUUAGAUCGGAUUAUGUGCUUGGUGAAGGUGGAUUUGGAACAGUGUAUAAGGGUUACAUUGAUGAGAAUGUGAGGGUGGGGCUCAAGUCACUUCCUGUGGCUGUGAAGGUUUUGAACAAGGAUGGUCAUCAGGGACACAGAGAAUGGCUUACGGAGGUCAACUUUUUAGGGCAGCUAAGGCACCCCAAUCUUGUGAAGUUGAUUGGAUACUGCUGUGAGGAUGAUCACAGGCUGUUGGUUUAUGAGUUCAUGUUCCGCGGCAGUCUCGAGAACCAUUUGUUUCGAAAGACAGCCGCUCCAAUUCCUUGGGAAACAAGAAUGUCAAUCGCACUAGGCGCUGCCAAAGGACUAGCUUUCCUUCACAAUGCAGAAAGGCCUGUUAUCUACCGAGACUUUAAGACCUCAAAUAUAUUGUUGGACUCUGAUUAUACAACUAAGCUUUCUGAUUUUGGGCUUGCAAAAGCUGGACCAGAGGGCGAUGAAACCCAUGUUUCAACCCGAGUCAUGGGUACCUAUGGCUACGCUGCACCAGAAUAUGUAAUGACCGGUCACUUGACAGCAAAGAGCGAUGUCUACAGCUUCGGUGUCGUUCUUCUUGAACUUCUGACAGGUCGACGGUCUGUGGACAAGACUCGGCCUGGGAAAGAGCAGAGUCUCGUCGACUGGGCUCGUCCCAAACUCAACGAUAAGAAGAAGCUCUUGCAAGUGAUUGAUCCGAGACUGGAGGAACUGUACUCCAUCAAAGCAGCGCAGAAGGCAUGCAGCCUCGCUUAUUACUGCCUCAGCCUGAAUCCAAAGGCGCGCCCGCUCAUGAGGGAUGUCGUGGAGACGCUCGAGCCCUUACAGGGCAAUGGCGGGGAACAAGACGACGGCUCAGUUCCAGUCCUCGUCAACCAACAAAUGCAUCGAAGGUUGGUUGGCAAUUAUAUUGAUUGCAGGUCGUCGCCGGGCCCUCAGUGUUCUUCAGGUGGUGUGGCUGCUUGCAGAGUGAGGUGAUGAGUGAUCUUUUUAAGCAUAGAGACUAAUCUCCUUACUAAUUAACGGAUCUUUUGGUUUUGCUCCGGCAACCUUCACAGUAAUGAUGUAAAUGGUAGCUGUGAACUGGUAGGUGAGCUUUUUAUUUAUUUUUUAAUCUUAGCUAGAGAUAGGAUUUUUGUUAAAUGGCUUGGUUUUUUAGUUGAGUAAUGUGCAUCCAAGUGAGGUAUUUGCAAAUGCUCUUGAUUGUGAUUCUAUAAUGCGAUUAAUUAUUCUAUGCGAACGCCGAAUGGCGAAUGACGUCCGAAUAUCUAAAAGAAUGCACCAUGUUACCCCUUCGCUUGGUACUGCUCAGUUUCACUGUCAUGAUACAUUUUAA